AUCAUAUUCAUCUCCAGUCUAAUUGUUAUCUCUAGCUGUUUGUGUUUUUUCAAUGAUGCAGUUUGCUUCACUUUUUUUUAAAGGUUUCUUCAGUCUUGUCCCAUAUAGUCUACUCUUAUUGUUGCCGAGUAUAUAUUGUUGGCUAACAUUUCUUAACAUAAGAAACUUCUUGUUCUCGAGUUUGUUUCACGGCUCGGUUCCUUAAUGUCAAGAAUAACAUGCUGCUUGUUUCACCCAACGGUAGAUCGGGCAAUGUCUGUUGAGGACAGGACAAGCUUCUACUCACAUCUCUGAGGUUAAGUUGGUUUCUUUGUUGCAUAUCCAGAUUACUUGAUUAUUAUCACUGAAGUUUAGUGUUUAGGCCCUUGCUUUCUCAACAAAAACAAACUCUAUUUGUUGCUGUUUUCUUCUGGAUUAAGCAAACAUGUUAAUACUGAGAAUGAAUGAUCUGAAAAAUCCUUAGAGAAGCUUCUUAUUCAUGGACUUAUUUUGGUUUCCUGUUGCAUUAGUUUGUGUUGUUUUGGCCAGAGGUUUGAAAACAAUAUCUAAAUAUGAUUACCAAUGAUAUUUGUGCUAUCCUAUGUUGUUUGAUGGGAUUCACAGGUUUCCAGACAAGAAUCUAUGUAAUAUAUCCUUAAAUCACCUAAGGUUGACCCAACACCAGCAACUAGCAAAGCCUGACCUCGCAUUUCUGGAGAACUUCUUAACUUCUUUGAGGUAAGUUAUUGCUUAAUUUUUCUCACAAAGUUAGAUAUCUUGCAUCUAGAUAAUUCAGUAUGAGAUUGGGCUGAGUUUGUGUUAAUCCUUAACUUGAUACGGUGAUCCCUCAAUAGUAACGGUAACAUACUUAUUCAAACCCUGUGAAAAUACAUUUAGAUAUUAUGACAUAUAUGUAAGCAAUUGCUCCUUAUAGAAGUGAGUGGCUUACCACAAUCUUUAGACAGAUUACGCCUUCCAUUAUUUUAUUCGAAACUUCAACUUCUUCCCACCAACUUAGGAGUUUUAUUUGAACUUCUAAAAACAUUAUGAUCAUUUUCACUCAAACUUCUAAAAGAUAUAUUCAUCUUCUAAAAGAACAAGUUUUGACAUUGAAGGAGAUCAUUUUCACUCGCUUUGACUUUUUUUUGUUGUUGUUUGGUUUUCUCACUAUGAUCUGCACGGAUUCAAGUCACCAGCGGAUUUCCUUCUCAAGUGAUCUUGGCCAAUCCGAGAUAGCACCACCACCCGUAGUAGAACCAUCCGGCCUGAUCAGAAGAGACGAAACUCUUCUAGAUUCAUCAAACCCAGACUUUGAGUUCCAUAUCUCGAACAACUUUGAUCCAGGAGAUUCCUCACCAGCCGAUGAGAUCUUUGCAGACGGCAUGAUCCUUCCUUUCCAUGUAACCGCAGCUUCCACUGUACCAAAACGUCUCUACAAGUAUGAACUCCCUCCCAUUACCUCCUCCCUUUCUCCAUCCCCUCCCCUGCCACAACCGUUACCCACAAAACACAGCGAGAAGGAAACCAACGGGCGAGCGAGCGGAGCAAACUCUGACUCAGAAGCAGAGAAGUCAUCAAAGUCGUUUUGGAGUUUCAAAAGAAGCUCGAGCCUAAACUGCGACAUAAAGAAGAGUCUGAUAUGUUCGUUUCCUCGGCUCACUAGAAGCAACUCUACAGGUUCGGUUACUAAUUCUAAGAGAGCAAUGCUGAGAGAUGUUAACAACCAUAGGCCUUCUUCUCGGUCCUCUUGCUGCAAUGCGUAUCAGUUCAGACCGCAAAAGCACGCAGGAAAGAAAGGAGAAGGAGGAGGAAGCUUUUCCAUCAUUCCAGUCCUCAACGGCCCAUCAACAUUUGGGUUAGGUUCGAUCUUACGCCAUUCGAAAGAUAAGACGAAGAAGAAGAAGAACAAGAAGUAGAUGAUAUGAGAUGUUCAGAGUUUCGAUCAGUUAUGUUUCCUCGUUUGAUUGUGUCUGCAAAUUGUUGUGUGAGUUUUUCUCGAACGUUGUACACAUUUUUUUAGUGUUACUUACUACAAACUUUUUAGGUU